AUUCUUUAGUCAGUCUAAAAACAACAACAACAAAAAACAACAACAACAAAGCACAUUUAUUUUCAUUUUCGAUUUACAGUUGUACAGUUACUGACAAAUUGUAAAAUGAGGGAGACACUAUUGUCAAACUGUGAAAGAGAAUUUAUAAAGAAAGCAGUAGCCGAUAAAAGAAGAAUUGAUGGCCGACAAGCAUAUGAUUACAGACAUUUAAAAAUAAGCUUUGGGGUUGAAAGGGGAUGCUGUCAGGUUGAAAUUGGAGAUACAAGGGUCAUGUCCCAAGUAUCAUGUCAAGUUGUAGAACCAAAGCAAGCCCGGCCAGCUGAUGGUAUGCUGUACAUAAAUGUAGAACUUUCUCCAAUGGCUUGUCCAAGUUUUGAGGCAGGAAGGUUAUCAGACUUUGGUGUUGAAAUUAACAGAUUACUUGAAAGAUGUUUGAAGGAGUCCAGAUGUAUAGAUACAGAAUCUCUAUGUAUUGUUGCUGGGGAAAAGGUCUGGGAAGUAAGGGUAGAUGUACAUGCCUUAAACCAUGAUGGCAACCUUAUAGAUGCUUGUAGUAUAGCAGCCAUAGCCUCACUUGCUCAUUUCAGGAGACCUGAUAUAACAGUAUCUGGUGAUGAGAUAACUAUACAUCCCGCCUCUGAGAGAGAUCCUGUACCACUCAGUGUUCAUCAUAUGCCAAUCUGUGUCUCUUUUGCCUUCUUUGAGCAAGGGAAAUUUCUGCUGGUGGACCCUACAGAUAAAGAAGAGAAGGUUAUGGAUGGACGGAUGGUGAUAGGGAUGAAUAAACACAGAGAAAUCUGUACACUACAGAUCACUGGACAGAUGCUACUCCUUAAAGAUCAGGUGUUAAGAUGUUCCAAUAUAGCAGUUGUUAAAGUAACAGAAAUCACAGAAUUAAUACACAGGGCCCUGGAAAAUGAUAGACAUGAAAGAUCAAAGGGAGGUAAAUUUGGUUUUGCUGAGACUGUGUGUAAAGAGAAGUUAACAACCAAUCAAAAGACAUCGACCCCUCUGGAUAUGGAUACAGUAGAAGGUCAGAUGGCCACAGAGUAUUUACAUGGGUCAGAUGAAAGUGAUUCGGACAGUCAUAUCACAUCUUCAGAAGAUGAUGAUGAUUCUGUCGUUAUAAUGGACAGUGGUGUUGGUAGUAUAGGCCUUGGUGGUAAAAAUACUUGGAAUGUGGACGAUGAAAUGGAGGAGUUAAAAGAUGAAGGAACAAAGAAAUCAACACAAAAGUCACAAAAGACCAAUAUUGACAAGCCUGUCCCAGGUGCUGGAAAUCAAGGGUAUUCAAGCGAGGAGGAAACUACAGAAAUACUUGGACAGACAGCUGCGAAACAAACAACAGAGAGCAACAGAAAGAAAAAGCGGAAAUCCUGAUUUGUGAUAUACAUUGUACCUACUUUACUGUAAAAAAAUGAUAAAAAAACGUU